CGGAUGUCACAGCCACGAAGACAGUCAACUAUAGACUCCUGAACGUCAGUGUGAGUUGUUUAUUUCCAUCUCGGUUCAGGAGUGGAUUGUUGUCUCAGGUGGUCUUACACUUGAUGUAUAUCAAAGUGGUAACAUUUUGUUAUUGUGUAACUUGAGAAGUAGAUUAUUUGUUUUAAUUGUUGUCACUGGGCUGGGUCAAGCAAAUCUACGAAUGCGUUGUGUGUCACAUGAGAAGGAGAGGAGAAUUUGUCAUUUUGACAGACACGAGCCUGCCUACAGGAGGGGCAGAGAGGAAGAGUCAAAGUGGCACUCCUGACUGGAGGACGAAGUGCAGUUCCUGUGUAUUGUAGAAACCCACACGAAAGACGAGCCUGACUAUGAUCGAGUCAUCCUGGGAUGCAUCAUUUACGACGGAAUAACAUUACAAAGUUCUGUUUAUCAACACUACAACGGGAUUCUUUUAAAAGCAUAUAAUCACCCCUUUCCCUGUACAAAGGCGAUUUUUCGAUUGGAAGGAUAGUGGUAUUUUUCUACAUUCCAAAUAGUAAAGAUCACGAGCGAUGUGAGCCGUAGAAGAUCGAGCAGCUAUGAAGAAUGCGGAGAACUGACCUCUGUAAAAGGCAAAACAGCCUAUGCUGUGGAAGCCCACCACGGAUCGGGCAGAAUGGCAUCAAACGAAAGAUUGUACGAGGUGUGGAUGCUGUAUUGCAACAAGAGGGACCCAGACUACCUGAAGCUGUGGCUGGAGACCUUCAUCAGCUCCCAUGAGAGAUGCCUGGACGUGGACUUCGAGAAGCCACCUUCCAGGCUGGAAGAGGUGCCUCCAGUGAUGACCAUGCUCCCAGACAACAUCCUGCAAGUGCUGCGUCACCAGCUGCUGCAGUGUGUCCAGAAGGCAUCCGACGGCCUGGAGCCAGAGCAGCAGCACCUGGCCCUGCUCCUGGUCAAGUUCCUCAUCGUCAUCUGCAGGAACCUGUCCAAUGUAGAGGAGGUCGGCACCUGCUCCUACAUCAACCACGUCAUCACCAUGACAACGCUCUACAUCCAGCAGCUCAAGAGCAGGACCAAGGAGAAGGAGAUGGCUGACCAGACCCAGGCUGAGGAGUUUGUCCGCCACGCCCUGGCCUUCUGUGAGAGCCUGUACGACCCCUACCGCAACUGGAGGCACCGCACCCUUGGGGAGCAGCGGAGCACGGUGGAGAAGAGCAGGCAGAAACACAAGGCAGCUCCGCUCACCGUGGAGUUUGUCCCAUUUUUCUACCAGUGCUUCCAAGAGAGCGAGCACCUGAAGGACAGUCUGAAAUGCUGCCUGCUCCACCUGUUUGGGGCCAUCGUAGCAGGAGGACAGCACAACGCCCUCCUGGCCAUCUCCCCGGCGACCAUGGAGGUACUCCUGCGCGUGCUGGGCGACUGCGAGGGCGGCGCGGACGACGGCGAGGACUGGGACAGCGAGGCGCCCGACAGGAAGGCCCUGCUGACGCUGGGCUGCCUGAGGGAGGUGGUCCACAGGCUGCUGGCCAGCAGCUCGGACCAGCGGCAGGUGGAGAUCGGCUCGGUGCUGGAGAACUACUUCAAGCUGCUGAACUCGGACCCGGCCGCCGCCCUGCAGGUCAAGGGUCGCGCGCCGGGCCGCCACUGGGAGAGCCGCUUUGUGGCGCUGCAGGUGCACAUGCUGGACACCAUCAGGGACAUGUUCUUGUGUUCAGACAGACCAGUCCUCCAGGCCAUCUUCCUCAACAGCAACUGCUUCGAGCACCUGACCCGACUCCUGCAGAACAGCAAGCUGGUUAAUGCUAGAUGCACAGGAGCAGACAAGGACCAGAAAGAUAUAACCAACAGGUUACUGACAGGAGAAAGUGACACUCAGGUGUUCCAGGGGAGAUUGGACUCACUUGCCGUGGCAACCAUCAAAGCCCUGACAACGGUGAUGCAUAAAUCACCAGCUGCAAAGGAGGUGUUCAAGGAGAGGAUUGGAUAUACUCACCUCUACGAGGUGCUGGUCUCUCUGGGACAGCCGUCCAGACACCUGCUGAAGGAGCUGAUGAACAUGGCCGUGGAGGGCGAGCACACGUCGGUGGGCAUCCUGGGCAUCAGCAACGUGGAGCCCCUGCUCCUGCUCGUCCAGUGGCUGCCCGAGAUGGACUCGGCCGAGCUGCAGGUGUCCACGUCCGACUGGCUCCGCCGCCUGUGCUGCAUCAACCGGCAGACGCGCGCCACCUGCGUCAACGCCGCCAUGGCGGUGCGCGUGCUGGCCGCCCUGGAGCACCACGGGCGGCUGCACCGGGCCUGCGGCGAGAGUCUGGUGGGGCUCCUGGGGGCCCUGGGGAGCCAGUCCCUGGGCGGGGGCGAGCUGCUGCAGCUGCUCCGCCUGCUGAGGCCCCAGGAGGCCGGGCGGGCCCACCCCUACGUGGGGCCCGUGCUCAGGGCCGUCCUGGGCAUGGUGCGGAAGCAGGGCCUGGAGAGCGCCAUGCAGUAUUUCGACCUGUCGCCCAGCAUGGCCGGCGUGGCCGUGCCCACCAUCCUGCGCUGGCCCGGCUACGCCUUCAGCUUCCUGGCCUGGCUGUCGCUGGACCAGGACCAGCAGGGCCUGCCCGGCAAAGGAGACAAGAGGAAACAGCUGUACAGCUUCUUCACCCCAGGAGGGACCGGGUUUGAGGCCUUCAUCAGCUCAGCGGGGGGCCUGGUGGUGGCCGUGUGCACCAAGAAGGAGUACGUCACCGUCAUGCUGCCCGACUACAGCUUCUGCGACUCGCUCUGGCACAGUAUAGGUGUGGUCCACGUGCCAGGGAAGAGGCCGUUCGGCCAGAGUCUGGUCUACAUCUACGUAGACGGGCAGCAGAAGCUGUCUGCUCCUCUCAAGUACCCCACCAUGACGGAGCCUUUCACCUCCUGCUGCAUCGGCUCGGCCGGCCACAGGACCACCACGCCGCCCCCUUCCCAGAUCCCCGACCCGCCCUUCUCGGCCGCCCCGCCGUCCGGCCGCUCCUCCCUGGGGGGGAUCCUGUCGUCCCAGGGCUGGGGGGGCCUGCUGGGGAGCAAGCCCGAGUCCGUCACCAAGCUGAUCUCGGCCGGGACCCAGGACAGCGAGUGGGGCAGCCCCACCUCCCUGCAGGGGCAGCUGGGCAGCGUCAUGGUGUUCCACGACCAGCUGCAGCCCAGCCACGUUAAGGCUCUCUGCAGCACCGGUCCCAAUUGCAUUUCCCCUUUCAAAACCCUGGAGGCGGAGCUCGGAGACCUCUCCACCAAGCUCCUGCUGCACUACUCCCCAAAGGCCUGCAGGAACCCCAUCUGUCUGGACCUGUCCCCUAACCUGCUGCACGGGCGCCUCACGGGGAACAAGGUCGUCAACUGGGACAUCAAGGACGUGAUCAACUCGGUGGGUGGUGUUCCCGUCCUCUUCCCCAUCCUGGAGCAGCUCACCCUGCUGACGCCCGAGAACCACGCCGAGCCCUCGGGGUCAGAGUUCAUCACCCCUGACCUCGCCACCCCCGCUGACGGAGACUGGGUUAUCCUGCCUUCCAACAGGGCCUCCGAGGCUCGUCUAGAGAAGAACUUGGUGGCCACCUUCCUGUUGGUGCUUAAGCACUUCCUGCAGAGACACCCCAUCAACCAGGAGAGUCUGCUCCACUCCCACGGUGUGGUCACCCUGGGAGCUCUGCUGCACAAGAUGCCUGCCUGCCAGGUGGAUGUGAGUGUCCUGGUGGCAGCCCAGCUCCUGGUGGAGCAGGUGACCUAUGAGAAGAACCAGCAGCUCCUCCAGCAGCUCCACACUCACCUGCUGUUCAACUUCAGCAUCUGGAACCAGGGGGACUUCCCUAUGCGCAUAGGUCACAUCCAGUACAUGUCCACCGUCAUCAAAGACAACAGGAAGCAGUUCAGGAAAAAAUAUGGAGUUCAAUUCCUGCUGGACACCAUUCGUCUCUAUUACGGGUGGGACUCCAUUUUGGAUCUCCCAGAAUGCUCUGCGUCUGGUUUUAUGACCCAUUUUCAUUCCCUGUACUCCUUCGCUCUAUCUGUACUGUGGGGUGUACGCCUCUUACGCAUGACUGACAACAACCAGGGGGAGGCGGAGGAGGCGGGUCAGAAGGAGAAGAUGGUGCUGUUUGAGGACUGUGAGCUGGUGACGGUGGUGGACGUGAUCCCUGGGCGCCUGGAGCUCACCACCCAGCACAUCUACUUCUACGACAGCAGCCAGGAGAAGGAGGAGGGUGUGGGCCACGACUUCAAGUGGCCCCUGUCCCAGAUCCGGGAGAUCCACCUGCGCCGGUACAACCUCCGCCGCUCCGCCCUGGAGAUCUUCCUCAUCGACCAGACCAACUACUUCCUGAACUUCAAGAAGGAGGUGAGGAACAAGGUGUACAGCAGGAUGCUGCUCCUGCGACCCCUCAGUCUGCACGGCACGCGCUCACCCCAGGAGCUGCUCAAGGCCUCGGGACUCACUCAGAAAUGGGUGAACCGAGAGAUCUCCAACUUUGACUACCUGAUUCAGCUGAACACCAUCGCUGGCCGGACCUACAACAACCUGGCCCAGUACCCAGUGUUCCCCUGGAUCCUGUCGGACUACACCUCCGAGGAACUGGACCUCUCUGACCCGCGGGUCUUUAGGGACCUGUCCAAGCCCGUGGCCGUUCUGAACGAGCGCAACGCCAAGGCUGUCAGAGAGAAGUAUGACACUUUCGAGGACCCCACAGGAACCAUCGACCGCUUCCACUACGGCACCCAUUACUCCAACGCAGCCGGGGUCAUGCACUACCUGAUCCGCGUGGAGCCCUUCACCUCCCUGCACAUCCAGCUGCAGAGCGGACGGUUCGACUGUGCCGACCGGCAGUUCCACUCCAUCCCUGCCACCUGGCAAACCCUCAUGGACAACCCCAACGACGUCAAGGAGCUCAUCCCCGAGUUCUUCUACUUCCCCGAGUUCUUAGAGAACCAGAAUGGCUUUGAUCUAGGUCGCCUCCAGAUCUCUAAGGAGAGGGUAAAUAAUGUGAUUCUGCCAAAAUGGGCCAAAUCUCCAGAGGACUUCAUUUACAAGCACAGGAAAGCCCUGGAGUCGGAGCACGUCUCGGCCCACCUCCAAGAGUGGAUCGAUCUGAUCUUCGGCUACAAGCAGAGGGGCCCCGCAGCGGUGGAGGCCCUCAACGUGUUCUAUUACUGCACCUACGAAGGGGCCGUGGAUCUGGACGCCAUCACGGACGAGAAGGAGCGCAAGGCUGUGGAGGGCAUGAUCAGCAACUUCGGCCAGACGCCCUGCCAGCUGCUCAAGGAGCCCCACCCCGUGCGUCUGACUCUGGAGGAGUCUGAGAAGAGAAAGGCUCGCCUGGACACAUCUCCCCUCAGCAUGUUUGAACACCUGACCGAGCUCAAGUCCUUCUUUGUCGAGGGGAUCAGUGACAACGUGGCCCUGGUGAAGGCCGUGGUCCCCAGGAACCAGUCCCACUCCUUCAUCACCCAGGGCAGCCCAGACACCAUGGUCACCCUGAGUCAGAACUGCCUGAUGGGAAUGCAUGGCUGGCUGCCAUACGACAAGAACAUCUCAAACUACUUCACCUUCAUCAAAGACCCCACCGUCGCCAACUCCAAGACCCAGAGGUUCCUGGGCGGGCCCUUCUCCCCGGGCGUGGAGGUGACGGCGGGCCUGUUUGUGGUCUCCCACGACGGGAAGCUGCUGUUCAGCGGGGGCCACUGGGACAACAGCCUGAGAGUCACCUCGCUGGUCAAGGGCAAGACCGUGGGACAGCACAUCAGACACAUGGACAUAGUGACCUGCCUGGCGACAGACCACUGUGGGAUCCACCUGAUCUCUGGAUCCAGAGACACCACCUGCAUGGUGUGGCAGGUGCUGCAGCAGGGCGGGGCUCCGGCGGGCCUGUGCCCCAAGCCUGUGCAGGUCCUGUACGGACACACGGACGAGGUGGUGAGCGUCAGCAUCAGCACAGAGCUGGACAUGGCUGUGUCGGGCUCCAGGGACGGCACGGUGAUCAUCCACGCGGUGGGGCGGGGUCAGUACUUGCGGAGCCUGCGUCCGCCGUGCGAGAGCUCCCUGCCCGUGUCCAUCCUGCACCUGGCCGUGUCCUGGGAGGGCCAUCUGGUGGUCCACACCUGCGUGGAGGGCAAGGCCACGCUCAAGGAUAAGAAUGCCCUGCACCUGUACUCUGUCAAUGGGAAGCACCUGUGUACUGAGUCCCUGAAGGAGCAGGUGACAGACAUGUGUGUGUCUGGGGAGUACCUGGUCCUUGGCAGCGAGCAGGGCUACCUGUCUAUCAGAGACCUGUACAGCUUGGCGCUGUGCUCGGCGCCCAUGGCGAUGCGCCUGCCCGUGCGCUGCGUGUCGGUCACCAAGGAGCAGAGCCACGCCCUGGUGGGCCUGCAGGACGGGAAGCUCAUCAUCGUGGGCGUGGGCAAGCCGGCCGAGAUGCGUUCGGGCCAGAUCACUCGUAAGCUGUGGGGCUCCAGUAAGCGCCUGACCCAGAUCUCCUCAGGGGAGACCGAGUACCACACCCGCAACCAGAACUGACCCCCCCCCACCCCCGCCCUGUCAUACUCCUACCUCCCCCCGCCCCUGCCCGAGUGGCCCUGUCACUCACCACAUUCUUCCCAAUCAGAUUGGGUCAUGCCUCAUUCAAUUGACUGAUGACUGUUUCCGGAACCUCCUCCUCUCUUCCCUUCUCUGACCUCUUCCAAAGAGCAGGAGUCUGCCGGUAAUAGGAAAGGUUUGCAUGUAAGUGUGUGUGUGUGUGUGUUUGUUUGUAUAUAUGUGUGUGUGUGAUUUUGUGCGUGUCAGGGUUAGUGCGGCUGUAUUGGAGCAGGCGAGGAUAAACCGACUAGCGCAGGCGCUGAGGUUCUGACCCCCCCCCCCCCCCCUCCUGCCUCCUUCACCACCACUACCCCUUUUGUACUUUCACUUCCCAACCUGUCCACACACACACUCUCCUCACCCCUCCACACUACCACUCAUGGUCAACCCUGUCCUUCUAGCACCUUCCUCCUUACCAUCAUCACCGUCACCUCUGGCCAGGUCAGAGGCUCUCACUGAGAAGCCAGGUCCUUAUCCAGAGACACAACACACACACACACACACAUGCUGCAGUCCCCCUUCACCUCACAGGCCCUCACAGAGCCCUGCCUCUCUUGAUCCUCAAGCUCAACUACUGGAGGAGGAUGUCCCGUGAGGUGGGGGGGGCGGGGGGGGCUAUGUGUUUUGGCCCCCUGCGGUAUGUGUGUGCGUGCGUGUUUUUGUGGCACUCUCCGUGUUUGUUGUUUCACAUUGUGGCCUUUUUUGUUUUUAUUUUGUAUUUUUUUUCCUUGGUUUGCCUUCCAGUCCUGUCAGUCUGCCAGUGCAGCCUGGAGACAUGCCGCAGUAUGCAGUAGUAGGGUUGUGCUUAACCCUACUAGCGGGCUCUCUGGGUUCUUAGCCAUGUGUUUUUAUGUUUUUUUUUCUUUUUCUUUUUUAGUUUUUUGCUCUGUGUGUACUUCUGUUACUGGUGAAUAUAGGUUUGUCGUCACCAGUGUGUGUGUGUGUCUGGUGAGCUCUGUUGCAUUCACACGGCAUGUUUGGCCCCAGAUGACCGUAGCUUUCGUAGCCCGCGUCCUGUCGGUCACCCCGUCUUGUUGGCUAGCGAAUCGUGAGAUGGGGAAACCACCGUUGGAGAGGCCGCAGAUUGAGAACACGCAUGGCGCACGUAAAAACCCGCCAUGUCUCACGGUAGCACUCGGCCCCAGGCAGGCUCCCCCCUCCUCCGUGUGUUUGCAGACAGCCGCUGGUGCAGUGGGACCCCACACAGAGAUGACGUGCUGCUGCCGUCACUAGGGGGCAGCACACAGGCCGUCGCUCACUGACACGAACACGACACUGUCACGUACUGCGAGCUAAGCAGCGUAGACCGCGUAGACUCACUACAUUUGUGUUGUCACCCGGAUGGGCAAGGCUAUGGUCGAACUCAAUAGAUUCAUCCUAGAAUGUUUCACAUGUACUUGAAUCUGUGUUUUAUUUAUGGAGAAGGGUGGGUCGGUUUGGACAGUUGCGUGUAUUUGGUAGCUGCAUGCAAAUAUUUCUGUGGUGUACACCUCCUGACAAACUCUACUGAUGGUUGGGACCAUCUACCCAAAACAGGUGGGGGGAUUUUUUUUAAGGGCUUUCUGAGAUGUCAGUGUUACAGCAAUACAGUAGUGACUGAAUGGUACAUUCCAGCCUCUCUUAAUGAGGCUGACCAACACAUUAGUCUUCCUAGUUUCUGACAGGGACAAUAUGAUUGGAGGAUAAAACAGUCAGUCAUGGGACACACCUAUCAGCUGCCUUCAAAUACGACUAUCACCUCUCAAGUGUCUCUCUCCUAACUCAUGAUUGGCCACAUCCUACCAUUUCAGAGUUUGAUUUUUGAGAGUACCAUUUAGUUUAGUUUUAUUACAAAAUAAACACACAUCCUACAGCGUAUGGCCUUGCGAGGUUUCAGUGCAUACUUGUGUGUGUGCGCUUGUGUUGGGUUUUAUGCCAAAUUCUUUAUCACAUUGUCAUUGUUUAUGAUGUCUGGAUGAACCAACAUUUAAGGCAAGGUGGUCCUGGUCUUUUAGAAUUGAGUGCAGCAUCUUGUCGCCAGUGAUUCAAAGCCAGGUGUAGAUUCACACAGCUGAUCAGUGGGGUUGUUUAAUUUGGCUUGUUGGUUGGUUUGUUCCUCUCUUUUAAAGUGCCCGUUUUCAACUAUCUCCCUUGAGCUGGCAGUUGACCAACAUGUGUCCUUUUAAUUGUUUGAAAAUGUUUUUGUUUAGUUUUUUUUUGGGGGGGGGUGGAAUGUUCAAAUGCAUACUUGAGGGUUUUUAAGGAUGUUUAAAAAGCCGUUGUUUGUCCAACCUAGUUUGUCUGUCAGACAAGACCACUGUCAAAAUGUUUUAAAACUUCCACCACUGAAACUAAUGGAGUGCCUUUGCCUUAUGUAACUCUGUAUCCGGUCAGGAUGUCAAACCUGCAGCAUUCCACAAUCAUACUCUAGUUUCUAUGGGAACCAUGAAUUAAGGACUUUGAAACAAAAUUGAAUAAAUCAGAAAAUACUAUUUUGUGUCUUAACUUAGCUGCUUUUUUCUGUGACUGUCACCAAAUUGAUGUGUGUAUAUCUGUGAUUAUUUAUAAUACAAAUAUGAUGUACAGCAUGAUUUUUAUUUCAGUGUAUUUGAAAUGUACUUUUUUGCACUUUCCAGGUACUAAAUUGUUUUAAAUGUCUCCCUGGUCUGUACAGACAAACUGCUUUGUAUACAAGUGGAAUAUGAUCAUUAAAGUCUUGUCAAUUUAAUAAUUAA